AUGCCGUCUCUAUCCGCAGACGCGACUCUCAAAACCCGUGCGCGGGCCGUGAGCUCGGGCAGCGUCCGGCCCAUUGUCGUGCUGAACGUGCCCGGCGUCCGCUUGGCCGUGUUGCCGAGCACGAGCGACUCGCUGGUGCAUCUGGACAUUGCCCUGAGCUCGGCGGCUUCGCUCUUGCUCGCGGCUUACAUUGGCUGCGUGCUCGCGUGGCACGUCGUCUCGGUCGCUCUCGCUCUGUUCGCACAGGCGGCAGCGCUCGUGCUCAUUAGUUUCUACACGUUCACAGCACUUGCAGUGUGGUCCAUGGACACUUCCAGCGUGAGUACGGAUCGAGCCGACAACAGCGUUGAGCUGGCACCAAAGAGCGCUAUGGCCGCUGCGAUCAUGGCAGCCCCUAAACUGCCGCUGCUACGCGUUGACGGUGCAUCGAGUUUGCUCCCGACCACGUAUGCCAUCAAGACGAAUGCUACGAGCGACACGACAAAGAAGGCGGGUCCGCCACGCUUGACUGGACGUCACGUUCCAGUACGCGCGAAGAACACGGGCCAUUUGCUGGUCAACGUGGUACCGGGCGACGCUCGUCGCCGUGUGGACAUGGACCUGGGCAAAGCACACAUCCGAGUCGGCAAAGCGUUUGUGCAGACAACGCCUGACAAGCGCCAGCCGCGCGACAUUUACGUUGUGCGUGUCGACUGUGGCGCCCAGUCGGCAAUGCAGGAGAAGCAUAUGAACCCCGUGAUCAUGUGGGACGUGACGGCUUCGUUUGACGAGUUCAAGCAGCUCGAGCGCGAGCUGAAGAAGGAGGUCAAGGCCAAGAAACAGGCGCGGGAAGCCAAGGUGCCUCAUUUGUCUAGUGGGGUAACGUUGUUUGCCGAGCCGGAGCUCACGGAUAAGGUGCUGGAUGCCCGUCGGGUGCGUCUACAGACCUUCAUUGACGCCGUGCGGUCCGACCCCGCGCUAUCUGCAUCGACAAGUUUGCGCAAAUUCUGUCAGGCUUACUAG